CCCAGUAGCUGCUGCUGCUGCUGGGGUGGAAAUACCGACUUUUCUCAUGAGAACCUCUAUUAGUCUUUAAAACGUAAACUUCACCAUGACCAACAAAGUGACCCCUCUCCUUUUCAAGGCGCUGCUGCAGAUGUCUGAAGCACAUUACUCAAAAGGUGUACGAGGGACCGGUAAAAUAACAAACAUCAGACACUUGUGGGGCUCCUGUGGGGCCCUGGCUGCGAGAAGGACCAGCAUGCCUCUCUGCCCCGCCACCCCCCUCAGCACACCCAGCCGCAGCUUCAUUAACCUGGCUGCUCUCAUCAGCGCUCGCAGGAUGGAGUACACUGAGUGCCGGACAUUAGGGUUUACUCCAGAGCAGAUGUAUGAUGUGGCAGCCAGUGUGGACCAGUACCAGCACUUUGUUCCCUGGUGCAAGAAGUCUCGUGUCACAAGGAAACAAAAUGGUGACGUCCAGGCGGAUCUCGAAAUAGGUUUCCCCCCCAUCGUGGAGCGCUACACCUCUGAAGUCACCGUCAUCCCAAAUCACCAAGUCAGGGCCGUGUGUACUAAUGGAUCCCUCUUCAGCCAUCUGGAAACAAUAUGGAGGUUUGCCCCUGGAGCCAAAGACCUACCAGCCUCCUGCAAAGUCUAUUUCUAUGUGUCAUUUGAGUUCAAGUCUCUCCUGCACUCUCAGCUGGCCGGCGUGUUCUUUGAUGAAGUGGUUAAACAGAUGGUCAAGGCCUUUGAGUCACGAGCAUCAACUCUUUACAGGAGCCAGCAGGGGGCGCCAUUGAGGAGCCGGUCAACAUGAGGCGUUUGUCCUCCCAUAUCAUCCACAUCCCCUUCAAAGCCUGCUCUUGCUGUUAAAACAUGUCCUACAAAGAAGUCACAGAAGGCUGGAUCUUCUUUAUUUUGCACACAGUCUUAAACUUACAUUUACAUGCACAUUGAACAUACUUAAAAACAUUAUUUAUAAUUAUAAGCCAGUCACAAGCUAAUUUAUUUAUUUUUUCUUGUUAAAUUGUGGAUUUACAAACAAGUGACAACUGAUCAGCGCAGAAACAACAAGUGUUGAGCUAUUAUUUGUUUGUGGAAAUAAAAAGCUCUUAUAUUGGUUA